AUGUAUUUUCAGGUCAUUACUCUUUAUUCUGAGCAAUAUGUUACCUGUUGAAAGUUUGAGGCUUUAAAGUUUUCUGUUGUGAGAUGAGGUAUGGUCAGUUGUACUUUUACGACUUUGACGUAAUCUUUCAGUUUUUGCUCUGUGAGUCCGGCAUUUGUAGUUCUUGUUUUGAUCUGUUGGUAACAGCAGUGUUCUCCAUGAGUGCCAGCAAGGUAGAGGGGCUCACUUAGGAGUGAGAAUAGUCCCCAGUUCAGCACCACACCCCCACCCUUUUCAGCUGCUGUUCAUUGACAGUUGAUGAGGUGAGUGUCUUAAGCCUCUCUGGAUACGGCCCCAGUGGAGAACACUGCAGGUAUUGUAAAACCAAGUACCUUUUUCACAGCAUGGCCUUUCACCAUAAUUUCAUAUUCUUCCCUUCCCCUUAAAUGCGAUUUUUUAUUUUUUAUAGGUACUUUCUGAAAGGAAAAAAAAUAACUCAGUUUAAUCGAAAAGUGGUUCUAAAAAUGUGUUUACAGUGCACUCCCUUUUUACCAUUUUGUUGAGUUUUACUGUUCCUUCAGCAUCAUUUCUGGUAUGGUCUUUGGAGAGCUGUCUUAAAAUGAGGGCUCUUGUAUUUACUACUAAAGAACUCUGCUGGGAAAGGGGUGCUGCUCGGAUGUGGAAUAAAGUGGUAGACUAAAAGGUCUUAAUUGUUGAGAAAUUUUAAGAAUUAAGAAGGACUGUCCACAGCGGAAAAAUGAAAUUAACCUCAAAAUUACCUUUUUUAAAAAUACAAGGUUUUUAAUGCAAAUUUUACCUUUAUGUACCUGUGUGGCUGUCUCAAAAAAGUUCGCUUGAUAUACACUUCCUCCUAACCAAAUAAACAUCCCUUUUGGAAUAAAUUAGGGCAAAGGUCUCCUAGGCCUAUGAGGCUUUGGCCUUCACAAAUAAAAAAAACUUCAAGGCUGGCAUGUUACUGAAGAUCAUAAUCUUACAUUUUUAAGCUUGCUGAGAAUUUUGAGAUAUUGGAAUUGUCUAAUUAUUCACAGUACUAAUAUUUCUUCUUUCCCCACUGUUCCUUUCUACUCCUUCCCACCCCCUCAUGCCUCAUAUUAGACUGGUCUGGGUCUUUACAACCUUGUGAAAAUGUCCCUAAUGGAGCGAUAUCCUCAGAACAUAAGGAGACUUAGAAAAUCAGAAAACAAACUCAUUCUUUACAUGUGCAGUUUUCUUCCUGUGGAGGGAGUUAAUGCCCUGAGCUCUAAAGGCUAUUUAUAGCUAUAAUCGAAGUAGCAAGAAUCAAAGCUGGGGCUGGUAUAGAUCUCCGCUCCAAGGAAGGUAGCAACCUUUUCAUUUAAUUUUAAGUGCCAGUUAUUUCCUCAAAUCAGGUCCCCAACCCUUACAGUCCUGUUAAGAGGACUACCUAUCCCCCAGGAAGGUGACUUUCACCUUGAGUUGUCGAGCUUAGUACUUGUCUGCCAAGUCAGAACUUUUCUGGCAUAGAAGAGGUUAAGGAGCCAUGGGCCUUAUUACUCAUCUUCUGUCUCUCAAAGUACACACUGCCUUGUAUAGAAAAUCCCCCAAUAUAUUUUCUUGGUAUUAAUGUGGAUUUUCAUUUCUUCAGAGUUUGGAUGGGUGUGUGGUGUAACCAUGUGGGAUGUAUUUAAAAUUAGAAAGGGUAUCUUGGGUUAGACAUGCGUUAAUCCUGCCUUAGAGCUAGUUCAACUUUAACCCAGCCCAGUAAGACUUGCCCUUGUUAGAGAUGCCUGCUCAGAACUCUCAGACGCUCCAAAGGUAAGAAAACAGGUUGUGGUUCAGCAUACUGAAGAAAGUGGUCUGGCUCUGCAGGUCCCAUUAUCUUGAGAAAUCAGCUGGGUAACAUUUCCCUGGAGUCACUGAACUUUUGUGAAACCCUCAACUUUCUUUUUCAUAUGCAGCCUCAUUAUCAAGGUCUGAGGGCCACACACAUCCUCCUAAACCCACACCUUCCAUUCUCUCCCACCCCUGCUUUUACUCUCACAUAAGGAGGAAGUCUAAAAACAGAAUUCUUGCAUCUUACUGUUACUGGUUUAUUAAAGUAUAUGGAUUGUCAGCUAAAAUUUGAAUAUAAGCAGGUACUGGGAGAUCUCUACUAGUGUGGAUCUGGUUGUAUAGAAAGAAUAUGUACAAAUUUCUAUGAGGAUGUUGAAUUGGUUAUUAAAUGUCUUGCUUAAGGAAUUUUAAGCUUGGUAUCAAUGAAAAUGAUGUUUGCUCAACUGGUAUAUUUCCUUGUCCCAUGUUAACUGGGUCUCAUUUUGGGCUAUGCUUAAUAUUUAGUGAAGAAAAAUUAACUCUCAAGAGUCUUGCCCUCAAGAAAGUAAUUUGGUGGGCAUGAGGUUUCGGUGAUAACUUACAUGGUUUGGUUCGGGGUGCCAAUUGUUAAUAGCAAGCCUUGAUGGGGGAGGGAGAAAUGAAACACCUAAUAAUUGCUUUGAUGUUAGCCAUAGUGAACAGUAUACUGCUAACCCCUCUUCCAACAAACUGUUUGCUUCCUUAAGUGAUAACCAUUUUGAAGUGAAAAAUACCUGUAGAUGUAAUUGGACUCCUGCCAGUAGGUGGUUGGGAGUUUUUGCCUCAAUGUGUUCACUGAUCAGUCGUCCCUUUCAAAGUCUCCGAGUUCUUCAUGCUUGUUAUUGAGAUUUGAGAUGUUUUUUGGUAACAUUGUCUUUUUUCCAUCCUUUUUUUUUUCUUUCCUAACCUGGUUUCUUCCAGUGCAACUGCAGAUAGAAGACCUGACUCGUAAACUGCGCACAGGAGACCUGGGCAUCCCCCCUAACCCUGAGGACAGGUCCCCUUCCCCUGAGCCCAUCUACAAUAGCGAGGGGAAGCGGCUUAACACCCGUGAGUUCCGCACCCGCAAAAAGCUGGAAGAGGAGCGGCAUAACCUCAUCACGGAAAUGGUUGCCCUCAACCCUGAUUUCAAGCCACCUGCAGAUUACAAACCUCCAGCAACACGUGUGAGUGAUAAAGUAAUGAUUCCACAAGAUGAGUAUCCGGAAAUCAACUUUGUGGGGCUGCUAAUUGGGCCCAGAGGGAACACGUUGAAGAACAUAGAGAAGGAGUGUAAUGCCAAGAUUAUGAUCCGAGGGAAAGGGUCCGUGAAAGAAGGGAAAGUCGGGCGCAAAGAUGGCCAGAUGUUGCCGGGAGAAGAUGAGCCCCUUCACGCCCUGGUGACCGCCAACACCAUGGAGAAUGUGAAGAAAGCAGUAGAACAGAUAAGAAACAUCCUGAAGCAGGGGAUCGAAACCCCUGAGGACCAGAAUGAUCUCCGGAAGAUGCAGCUCCGGGAGUUGGCUCGCUUGAAUGGGACCCUUCGGGAAGACGAUAACAGAAUUUUAAGGCCCUGGCAGAGCUCAGAGACCCGCAGUAUCACCAAUACCACAGUGUGCACCAAGUGUGGAGGGGCCGGCCACAUUGCUUCUGAUUGCAAAUUCCAAAGGCCUGGUGACCCCCAGUCAGCCCAGGAUAAAGCACGGAUGGAUAAAGAAUAUUUGUCUCUCAUGGCUGAGCUGGGUGAAGCGCCAGUGCCAGCAUCUGUGGGCUCCAGCUCUGGGCCUGCCAGCACACCUCUGGCCAGUGCACCUCGGCCUGCUGCUCCCGCCAACAACCCACCUCCACCGUCUCUCAUGUCCACCACCCAGAGCCGCCCACCCUGGAUGAAUUCCGGCCCUUCAGAGAGUCGGCCCUACCAUGGCAUGCACGGAGGUGGUCCUGGUGGGCCUGGAGGUGGCCCCCACAGCUUCCCACACCCGUUACCCAGCCUGACGGGCGGGCAUGGUGGACAUCCCAUGCAGCACAACCCUAACGGACCCCCACCCCCUUGGAUGCAGCCGCCGCCACCACCGAUGAACCAGGGCCCCCACCCACCUGGGCACCAUGGCCCUCCUCCAAUGGGUAAAUCAGUACCUGGGAAGUACGCCUGUGGGCUCUGGGGUCUAUCGCCUGCAUCAAGGAAAAGGUAUGAUGCCGCCGCCGCCUAUGGGCAUGAUGCCGCCGCCGCCGCCGCCACCCAGUGGGCAGCCCCCGCCCCCGCCCUCUGGUCCUCUUCCCCCAUGGCAACAGCAGCAGCAGCAGCCUCCGCCGCCCCCUCCGCCCAGCAGCAGUAUGGCUUCCAGUACCCCCUUGCCAUGGCAGCAAAAUACGACGACUACCACCACGAGCGCUGGCACAGGGUCCAUCCCGCCAUGGCAACAGCAGCAGGCGGCUGCCGCAGCUUCUCCAGGAGCCCCUCAGAUGCAAGGCAACCCCACUAUGGUGCCCCUGCCCCCCGGGGUCCAGCCGCCUCUGCCGCCCGGGGCCCCUCCCCCUCCGCCGCCUCCGCCGCCUGGUUCCGCCGGCAUGAUGUAUGCCCCGCCCCCUCCUCCUCCGCCUCCCAUGGACCCUUCUAACUUUGUCACCAUGAUGGGCAUGGGGGUGGCGGGCAUGCCGCCCUUCGGGAUGCCUCCAGCUCCCCCACCGCCUCCACCACAGAACUAGACUCGGUUUUUUAAGAAAAUAUAUAUUAUAGAGAGAGAGAAUUGGUCUCGUUUAAACACACGCCGAACCUCACCAUAUGGAGCCAGACAUUGGGACGCACGCAUGUGAUUGUGUGCACGCAUGUGUGUGUGUGCACGCACCGGGCUGGGCCAGGCGACUGAGGACUCGCUUGGGUACGGGCAGGUGAUAGUUGGGGCGCCAGCUUGGGCUCUCCUGGCGCCCCGUAGCAUCGAGUGUCUUCUUUGUCUUCUUUCUCUCCUCACCCAACUCCCUUUGCCUCUCCCCAAACCGGGCCGCCAGGAUCCCUCCCCGCGGCGGCGAUGGCCCGAGCCAUGAGAGUGAGGACUUUCCGCGCCCAUUGGUGACCCUUCCAGGCAGACAGCCUCAGCAACGCCCCUGGUGGACAGGAUGGUUCGGCAAAGCAGCCUGAGUUAUUUUUGUGGACGGAAUUGGAACACGCUGGCUCCAUAUUGUGAAAUUUUUAUUAAUUUUUUUUCUUUUUCCUUUGUUAUUUCCUUAUCUCUUCCUUUCUUCAGACUCCGUCCAAGGAGACGCUCUCCCCGGUCUUCUGCUGCAAUGAUUUCUUUCCCUUUUCUCCAUUCUUCACUCUUUUCCAAGGAGAGGAGCAAAUGGGUUUAGGCAAAGGUCUUGGCCACUAAUGUCAGGCCAGUUGGGAGGGGUGUUCCUUUGGUUCAAAUAUUUCCAGGGUGCCACAGCCACCCCCAGAGACUUCAAGUGUGGGAUUUCGUCUCUGCUGCCCUCAGAGCAGUGGCAUAAUCACCGGGCCCAGGGUCCACAUUCACCCUGACGCCCCUGCCAGAAGUAGGUGUGGCCACCCAAGCCACCUUGGGCUUGUCUGCCAGCCCGGAGAAUUGUCUCCGUGCCCCCUGAGCGCCUAAGCUGCCUCCUGUCCCGUUUGUCCCUCUCCUUCCCGGAAGGCUUCCUUUGAAAUUUUCUUUUAAUUCCACGUGUCUGUUUUGCAGUGUCUGGGGGUUUGAGCCCCUUGUUUUUCGUUCUGCUUCCUUUUUCCUCCCUUCCCUCUUCAUGGAGUGAUUAUGUUGACAAUAAUGUAUGAUGCGCGUUCUCUUCACUGGUUUAUCUGCAGAAAUUUCUCUGGGCUUUUUUUUUUUUUUCUUCCAGUGUAUGAUUCAAUACUGCGUUAAAGGGGGGUGUUCCAAUAAAAGAGCAGUGUGGUUU